AAUAAAAUAUGAUUAAAUAAUAAAGAAACGAUCGUCUACUAUCUUCAACUUCUUCUAAACUGUCAAUGCCUAAGCUAAACCAAAGAAACACGACAACACCAAAUCUCAGCCGGCGGUGGUGGUGGCGGCGGCGCUUGUCGCCGUGGUGUUUCUCUCCUCUCUAAUGGUUGUUGUUCAAGCUUCCAAGCUCAGGCUCCCUAAUCCUUCUCUCUCUUCUCCUCACGUAUCCUCUAUUCUCUUCGACCCCAACUCUCUCUCUCUAGCUCUCAUGCAUUCCGACACCUCCUUUUCUCUCUACCCUUCUCUUUCUCCUCUUCAUCAACUCUCUUCCCUUCCUUCUCCUACUCAAACCAUAGUUCCUGCUCCUUCUUCUUCGUCCGCUUUUGUACUUCUAAAAAACCCUAGUCCCGCCAAUCCGAAAUAUGGCUCCGAAUCUGACUCCCACGUUGUUUUCGUUGUUUCGGGUCCUCAUGCCGGUGGGUCUCGUGUCCUUCUUCGAUUCUAUAUUUUGCAGAGGCAAAAAAAGAUCUUCUCUAGGGCCCAAGUGGUUUGCAGUCAGAAGGACCUUCGAUUUGAUCAGAGAUUGGGGGUUUUAGUUGAUUCUGUUCAUGGGGUUUCGAUCAAGCUUUCUGGGUCAGUCAAUUUCAUGGCGAUGUACUCGGCUUCGACCUCAAAGGUUUGGGUUUUCGCCUUGAAACUGGUGGGUGAUGAUUAUGGUGAUGGGAUCGCUGUGAAAUUGAUGAGAUGCGCCGUGAUUGAUUGCUGCAAGCCCCUUUUUUCGAUUAGUGUUUCCUUUGGAUUGCUUAUUUUAGGGGAAGAGAACGGAGUUAGGGCUUUCAAUUUGAGGCAGCUCUUGAAAGGACGAGAUAGCAAGGCCAAACGUUCGCAGUUGAAUUCGAAUGUUCGCAAAUUGGGUUUGCCUAAUGGAGUUGUUGGAGUCGAUGUUGGUGGUGAUCGGUGUGGCAAAUGCGACGUUGUUGAAGGGACAUCGGAGUUAACUUGCCAUUGUUAUUUGGAUGGGAGUAAGCAGAAGCAUCUUUUAUCUGAAAAACAGAGGGCAAUCAGAUUGAGACAAGACUCGAGUGAGUUUGGAGCAUGCUUUGUGGCAUUCAGUGGCAAGGAUGCUGAAAAAUUAAAUGCAAGGGUGACGAAGUCUGUGAAGGCAAUUUCAAUUCAGGCAAUGUCUCCAAAAAAGUUUAUUAUUUUGGACUCCGCUGGAGAUUUACACUUUUUGUGCUGGUCCAACCAUGUACCUGGACUUGACAAGGCCAGUCACAUGCAACGAUUGCCACGAGUAAUGAAUGUGCAAAGGCUGGCAGUACUUGCUGAUUCCUCUAUAAGAACUCAAACUAUAUGGGUGUCAGAUGGAUGCCAUUCCUUGCACAUGAUGGAAGCAUCAGACAUGGACACUGUGGUUAAUGAAAACGAUAGGACAGAUAACGAGGAAAAGCUGAUGCAAUUCUCAGUUAUUCGAGCAAUUUUCACUAGUGAAAAGAUUGAAGAUGUCAUUCCAUUGGCUGCAAAUUCUACUUUAGUUCUCGGACAAGAAUAUCGAGUUAAUCCUCCUUUUCCAUUUAUGCAUCAUGCUUCAUUUGCGCCUACUGACAUCUGUGCUUUCCAUCCUGUGGUCCAGGUAGUUUAUACACAUAUGAAAUUUCUUGAAGUUGCUCAGCUUUCAGUUCUUUUGCAAUGAAUCUUAAGAUGAGGCCAUACUAGAUGUUUAUGGCAGUUUGACAGAGGUUCUUGGUUGCUGUUGUUUUUUUAAAAUGUUUCCCUUCACGUGUUCUCUCUCUGGUUAUUAUGGUUAUGUGUGCUAUUUUGUUGCCAAGUCCAUGAGCUACAGUUUCUUCAUAAAUCUAGUUGUGAAGAAGUGGUUGGGAAGUACACUGAGCUCUUGGAGGUAAUAGAAUCAAGAGGACCAGUUGGAUACUACUUAUCAUCAUCAUCAUCAUCAUCAUCAACAUGGGGUAGUGCAGUCAGAGUUGAACAACUCAGCCGUGCAAUCUGAAUCCAAACACUACUACUUUGUGGUGUGGAUGAAUAUAAUAUGGACUUUUUUGGCCGUUGAUUCUUGAUCAUCAUCUUCAUCAUCAUAUUGUCUUGUCCCCUCCUUUGAAGCCCUGGUUUAAAUUUUCUGCUGGAGGGACCAAUCAGCAAUUCAGCUAAAGUUGAUAACCAACCAACGACUUGGAAUUUUAGAUAUACAAGCUUUGAGUUAAUAUUUAUGCAAUGCAUGGUAUGUAACUUGAGUGGUUAGUAGUCAUACGUUGCAACAUCAAAUUUAUGUGAACUUAAACUUGGAUACUAAUAAUACAUUAUAAGACUUGAUCAAUUUAUUUUUUCAUGUGAACUUAAACUUGGAUACAAAAAAUUACUCGGAUACCAAAAUAGCAAUCCUAUCUUUUACA